CCCUUUAUUUCGAAUUUCAAACUUGUGCGAGAAUGUUCAGGUAAUACUAAACAUCACCACAGUGGACGCCCAGAACGGGUGUUGGCGUCCACAUUGCUUAUAAUAUUCAUAAAAGGCCGUGAAUGAAAUCACAGAAAAUAUAAGAUUAUAUUUUGGUACUUUGUCAUUUUUCUUUUGGCCACACUACUGUACGGCACGAUCUAAAAUCUAAAGUUAUUCAGAGAUUCACAAGUGUAGACCAUCCAACCCUAGAAAGAUUGCAGGAAAGUGCGCGGACAGCAUGACAUCCGCACAGUCCUCUGAUAUCGUGUGCAUGUUUUCUUUAAGCUAGCUUCAUACGAGUCUUCAUAAAUCUUCGAUUUUUAAAGGAUUUAACGUGUUAUCUGUUUAGAACAGUCUUUGACUUUGUAAAAUUCCCGUCACGCUCACGCUGCAGGUACAUACGAGACAAAUCACCCGAACGACACAGGGACAUACAUGGAGUAUCUUUAAACUUAACAUAGCCCAAUCGAGACACAUACAGCCUUGCUUUAAUACUUCCAACCAGUUAACCAAUCAAUCUAUCCCCGCCAAAAAAAAAAAUCAAAACCCAAUCCAAAACAACAAAACAAAUCAAAAACCUACAACAACCCCAUAUACAAAAAAGAUAAACAACAAACAACAACAACAAACAAACAAACAAAAAUUCUCUGCAAUAUUACCUCAUAUCCGGAAACUCAAUUAUCUGAUUCUUGUCCUUCUUAGUGUACGAAAAGAAAACAUUAACAUUUCAUCAUAGAAAUUGACGGCGAAGCGAACCCCCCCCCCCCCCCCCCCCCCCGUAGAAGUGAAAGAAGAUUUGGGUUUAUGGGAUUAGUUCUGAAAAGAAAGCAGGGACGUUUGAAAGGUAGGCCUACACCCUGGACUACAUUUGCGGGGGAGGAAUGAACAGACUAGUUAUAAUAACAUCCAGGUAAAUUUGGUUGGGGAUUUCCCAGUAGAACUCUAAGAGAUCAUAUGACAUCACCGAAUCUUGUCAAACUGACAGUCACACUCGGGCGGAGGUUGUCGGGAUUAUCAUGUCAUAUAACAGUCAACGGCUGAAGCAGCGACACUGCAGUGACCUCUAGGAGUCUAGAAAGUCUGGGUUCUGAUUGUGCGCUCUGGAAGUUAAAUUACAUUUACCCACCCCUCUUUUUUUCAAUUUCCUUCUUAAUUUCAAAACGGCUUUAAAACAAGUCUUAUAAUAACGGUAGGUAAUCUACUUGCUUGAAGAAUUAUUUUCAACCUCUGAAAUAAUUUUGAACCCGUGCAACAAUGUAGAAAGGCUCGCAGUAAUAAUUGGAAACUCAUGUUCAGAAAGAAAAAAUACCAAUUCUUAGCAGACAGUAGCGCAACACUGACCGGCAACAGCAGCUGCGGCGACAGCAGCAAAAAGAACAACACCAAUAGCAACAGCGGCAGUAGUAUUAAUGACAAGAGGAACAGAAGCAACGCCCAGGGAAAGAGCAAACUGAUUCUGAAAGUGACGUAGGAAGUUCGGAUUCCCGGACACCACUCAACGACAUGUUUGACCUUCAUUGAUUAAUUAUUUGACUGACAGAGUUCGAUCACCCGUGGAGAAGAAUGAUUAUGGUCGGAAAGUAAAUGAGUACAUCAUUAGGUGGCAGUGCAAAUAAAGUUCGAUGGCUGCUUUCGAAAACUGUCUAUUUUUAGAACGAAACGGUUACCUUGUCUUGACUCUAGAUCUAUAUAAGACCAGCUACUUUCAAAAAUCGUCAUUUCGUAUUUUAGUAGCAAACAAGAGAACUUGAGAAUUUUACUUAACAGCCUUGUUCAAUUUCAUCAUGAGUUAAAACAAAAUUUCAAUCUGUGCCAUUUGUUUUGUUGCGACUUGUUUUUUAAAACAAUAAUUCGACCAUGGAUUUUCACACCGAAGGUGCUCCUACUCCAACUCCAACUCCAACCGCCGCCCCAACACCUUCUCCGUACCAGCAGAGGCUAGUAGCAGUAGCCACCUACCCCUGUCGCAACCCAGGCCAGGAGGCAGAAGCCUCGCCGGCGAUGCAACAGGCUGUGACUAACGCUCAACAAAGCAGCGCCAUCACUCAAGCUGACGAGGAGGUUACGCUCACGUUGACGAGAGCCAAAUAUCUUGAGCUGCAAACGGCAACAAACGCGCUAUAUAAUAAUACCAAACUGUGGAUUCCACCCGAGCCUGCUCUCAUUCAGCGCCUGAGGAGCAGGAUGUCUCAAUACCUCCAGACUCCUGUUUUCUACGAAGCUCACUACAGUGCUGAACAGAACACCCAGCUCCAGGCAUUUGUGCAGAUGGCGGUCCUGGCUGACUACGCGGACACUGGAGCUAAUCUGCCGUACAUGGGAGCCAACGACCAGCUUUUUGGGGAGUUCAAACACAACCUCUUCGUUCUUCUUUGUUCUUUGAAAGAAACUGUUGCCAGCUUUGCAUCCGACUCCGAAAUUGCCACCGUGGUGGUGAAGCACGCUCACAGCGAUGCUACACUCGGCUCCAGAAUACCCAAUUUGAAAGCCUCGUGGAAGAGGAAAUUCUUCGUCGUUUAUUUGGAGAAUGUACUGCAGGCCAUUAAGAAUUUGCAGCCAUAGGCAAGAAAAAAAAAAGGUUCCAUGUUAAAGUAUACAUGGCUACUCUGGAGUGCAGAAAAUGUAUUUUAUGAUUAAUCUAAUUUAUUUCACUAAUUUAUUUGUGCAUGUACAUUUGUAUUUAAUUUACUGUGACAACAGUGUAGCCCUCUCUAUUUUGAGCAUGUUGUGUUAUAGUAUCUAAUACAAAAAAUAUAUAUUAUAUACAUAUAAUACAUUACAUAUUAUAUAUGUAAUUAAAAUAGCAUGUUGAACUAUGGUAAACAAGAACAGACUGUUGUGCAGUAAGCUUAUGUGGGCAAUUUUUCUGUACACCUCUCAAGAAGGCUCACUUUGUUCAGUAUUCUGAAUUACUCAUUUUCUCUAUAAAAGAUUGGGGUUUAAUUGUUUUGUUUUUAAAAAGACGACCUGUUAUUUUGCAGACCCUACUCAGAUAUCUUCUUUUUGGUAUUCUAAAAAACGUUAAUUACUUUUUCGUGUUUUGUUCUUUGGUCGAUGUCCGAAAAUGGUAUAUCAUUUUACAUUCCUUUACUCUCACCGUUAUUCUAAAUUAAGGCUCUUUAACAAUUUUUUCAAUUGUUUCCUCGGUUUUCUACCAAGGUCUCUCAUUUUAUCUUCAUUUUUGUCUGACCAACAUUUUAAGAAAUAGCAUAAUUUUGUUUCAUCAUUUUGUAUUUCAUUUGGCAGUCCCGUAUUUUUCUCAGGUACAUGUAUUCCUAAUCCUUGUGUGCCAACUUCUGGCACAAACUAAUACAAACUCUAGUACUUUAUGUUGCCUAUGCCUCGCAUGUGCGUGUAUCAAAACUGUAACUCACAAUGAGUCUAUCUCGCCUGUAUUCUACUUUUAUGAUCUAUACUUGGAAUCAACAUUCCUCAAUAUUCUAUGCAAUGCUUAUCUCAUGACUAAUACAGAGUUUGAUAUUUUUUCAUACUGGGCCUUGUAAAUCUUCAAUUCGUAUUUGUUAUUUACACUUAAAACAUUCUAAUAAUCUAUGCAAUAUUUAUUUGAUUUAAUGGGUACACUAUAUAUACAAACAUCAUUCGAUUCUAAAUCUGCACACUUAUUUUAUUAUCUUUCACGUAGAAAUGCCCAUGCACAUUUCUUAGCGAACGAUCACAACUUUCAUAUUUCUCCUCCCCCCCUCCCCCCACACACACAUACAUUUACACUCCCCACACCCUAAACAGGUUAUAUUAUUAUAUCACGCAAAUCCCAGGAGAAGACCUUCAUAAAUAGUUUAAAGUAGACAAAGUCAGAAAAAUUGACCGCAAAUAUAUCCAACUGGGCUAAAUACUUGAAAAUCCAAAGCAGAUACAAACAAUUUUUUCCCAGCGAAUGAACCAAUCUGUCACCCCCUGCCAUACAACAUGAUGAUAUGUUAAUGCAUGUAUAUAUAUAUAUACACACACAUAUAUAUACACACGUUGUUGACUACACCCUUAUCAUUUGGAUAUGAUUAUUCAGCUCCUCAUCUUCUGUAAAGUGACUACAAAACUCGUUCUGUAAUAGAUAUCAGUUACUGAAUCAAGAUUUAUAACAAUAUUGUCCACUAAUUAACGUAGUUUAUGGUUCUGUUCCUUAAAACAUGUAAAAAGCAAUAUUCGAAAGAAUAUUGUGCGGUAUGUAUUUCAUUUUAAAAUUUUAAUUUACAAAGAAACUUUCUUUUUCAUAAUUAGGUGUAAAUGCUUCGUUCAUAAUUAUUGUUAAUGUGUUUGUGUUUGUGAAAAGAAAAUAAAUAAACAAACAAUCCA